AUGUCUCUACAAGUUGACGACGCCGGCCGGCGCAGCCGCUCUCGGUCCCCCAGCGGUCGCCCCAGCGCGGCUAUCGAGCGCUCUCCAUCUGGCCGUGACCGUGACCGUGAUCGCAGUCGAGAUCCACUUGACCGGGAUGCGCUGAACAUCGCACGUGCUCCGUACCCAGGCGACAACGACGAUGACGGUGAUGGUGGGGGACGCCGCCGCAGGGGCGAUAGAUCGCCGCGACUUCCUUCUGACGAUGCCAGCUAUCGCCAAACAAAGUACGAGUCCGUUGAGAUCAAGCGCAGUGACAGCCGCCGGGAGAAGGAAUACCGUUAUGAGAAAGAAGAGGAGCGGGAUCGCAAGAGCAGCCGGGACUUGGACAAGGAAAAGCAGCGCUUGAUCGGGGAGGACAAGCUUUCGUUUCUGCCUGCGAAAUAUGCUGUGAAAACAGUUCCGACUCCGGCUCAGGCCCCAGCUCUAGCUCCAAUUUCAGGUCGAGAGCGAGACAUGCCCCGGUCAGCUAUAAAGAUGAGAAGCAACAGCAUCGGCGAGAGCGAUGAGGAAGACGAAGUUGACGACGAAGACCUCGCGUACGGGGGCACCGCCAUGCCCGCUGGUUCGACUGGCCAUCAGAUGCCUACGGGAUAUGCACACAACCUGCUGCACCACGAUGACGACGACUUGGACUAUGCCGACAGGCGCCCCAAAUCUGCUGCCCGGGAAGAUCGGCAUUAUCGUCACGACUCGUUUGGCCGCGACCCGCGGGCCAGUGGCUCCAACGUCCUAACUAUCGAUACUGGGCACCGAUCCGGCCGAGAUAGGUCGCCUGCACCAACCAAGGACAUGGCCAGACUCUCGGUGGGCACUCUGUCUCCAGGCGCACUACACCACAGCUCCAAGAUGUCGCUCUCCUCGGCGCCGGGAUCACCGCUUCUCGAGUCCUACCAUGGAACUUACCAGUCCAUGUCGCCCAUGCCGUCACCCAUGUUGUUGGCGUCGCAAGGCCCGCGCACGUCCACCCCGACAAUCAUGGAUAUCAACGGGCCAGAGUCGGAUGAUGAACAAGGUCUUGGCGCCGGUGGAGGUGGUGGCGGAGACAAGAUUCGUCGCCGUGCGCGGUUCUACGAUCCCGAGACGGAUGCCAAGCGCCUGGCCAAAGCUCUGCGUGGCGAUCGGCACCCACCUGAUGUCGAGCCCCUCAUCGAGAUCUUGCCGGGCCUGACAAACGACCAGGUGCUGGAGCUACGGAUCGAGUACAAGCGCAUUGUCAAGACGGGCCCGGAUCGGUUGGGCGUGAAUAUUUCGAAGCAUAUCAAGGCACGGCUCAAGGACGAGGAUCCGGCCCUGAUGAAAGUCUGUUACGCUACGGCACUCGGCAAGUGGGAGAGCGAGGCCUACUGGGCCAAUUUCUGGUACCAUGGUGACAAGACGCGACGAGAGCUGCUUAUUGAGUCUCUCAUGGGCCGCACCAACGCAGAGAUCCACCAGAUCAAGCGCAACUUCAGCGACAAGAAGUACGGAGACAGCCUCACCAAGUGUAUGCGGACAGAGCUGAACGAGGACAAGUUCAAGCGCGCCGUGCUCUUCGUCCUGGAUGAGCAGCGCAUGGAUGACUAUGACCGCGACGGACGGCUGCUGCCGGUGAACAUGGAGCUUGUCCGGGACGACGCCGUCAGUCUCUACCAUGCUGUUCGCUCCGAGCGCGGCGGCGAGACGGCCACGAUCAACGUUGUGGUCCAGCGCAGCGACACUCACCUGCGCGAGGUGCUGCGUCUGUACAGCUCUCAAUAUCAGAGCAACUUUGCACGUGACUGUCUGAAGAAGAGCGGCAAUCUGGUGGGAGAAAUGCUCGCCCACAUACUGAACGGCGUGAUCAACAAACCGGUUCGAGAUGCCUCGCUGGUGCACCACGCCUUGACAGCGUCCAAGCGUGACGGUUUGCGCCGCGAGCUUCUGAUCUCUCGUCUCGUUCGCUACCAUUGGGACAGCCACCACAUGGCCGCCAUCAAGGCCGCAUACCGCAGCCGUUAUGACCGCGACAUGCAGGACGCCAUUCGGGAUGCGACCGGACAGUCGGACUGGGGCCUCUUCUGCCGCGAGCUGUGCAUCACCCGCCAUCCAGACGAAGUCAAAAGUGUGGAACGGGUUGACAUUCACCACAAGGAUCGCCGGGGCUGA